AUGGGAGGCGAUCAAAAGUGUCUGGCGAUCCAUUAUUGAUCGAUAGAGCCCCAAUUGGAGACAUUCGUACACAAGACGGAAUAAUACAGCAACUUUUGCUUUCACGCGUGAAGAGAAAGGCAUACACGGUUGAAUAGAAAGAAACGGGAAAAAUAAUAUUACGUUUUGCUGGCCGAUGCUGCAAUUGAUGUGUGGAGAGUAUGGCCCGUGUCUGCGAAUGAAAGAGAGAGGAGGGAGAAUAAGAAAAAAAGGAAAUCGAGGUAUGUAACGUGUGUGUGUACAGUGUAUUACGUGCAAAAGAAGGUGGAGCUAUUUAGCACGUGGGUUGAUCAUUGAUGGUGUAGGACGACUUUUACUCCUCCCUCCGUCUCUUCUUCGUAUAGUUUCCUAGUAAUAUUUGCCGACUAGGAGCGCCCAAAAAAUGACUUUCGGUUGGCAUAGGCUCCCAUAGUACUACCCCCUGCUUACAUAAGUCUCUUUCCAAGCCUGUGUAUAAAUAGACCCCCGAAUCGCUCCCAAUUUUCAGUCAGUCGUCUCAUCAACUCACAAUCAAGACAGUGCUCUCCCUCGACACUCUUCCACCUGAAGGAAGAUCAUAAAGUCAGGUAAAUCAAGUCAGAUUGGAAUAUUGUCAUCAUUACAUGAUUGAAAAAUGCUUGACGACCAUCUGUUGAAAGUGAACGGAUGGAUGCCCUCGACGUUUACCGUUUGGUUGGCGACGUUUUUCACGUUCGUUGCCAUCUGUGUCUUCUCCAAGAAGCGUCUGGCUUUCAUCGAGCACUGCAACAGCAUUCCGGGACCACCGGCACCACUUCCUCUUCUAGGCAACGCAUUGGAACUUAUGCGGGACCCUGAUGAGCUGUUCCAGUUUCUCAUCGACUACCUGCACGAAUGGCGCCAGCAUUUCCCGGUUCUUCGCUUCUGGCUUGGACCUUUUCCUAUUUUUCUGCUUUACACACCCGAGGGAACUGAGGCGUUACUUGGCAGCAACAAACUGAUCGACAAAUCUCGCGAAUAUCAGUACCUCCAUCCUUGGCUCAGCACCGGCUUGCUCACUUCAACCGGCAGCAAAUGGCAUGGGCGGCGAAAAAUGUUAACUCCGACAUUCCACUUCAAGAUCUUGGAAGAUUUUAUCGACAUCUUCAACAAGCAGAGCGUUGUGCUGGUAGAGAAAUUGAAAGAGGCCCACCAGGACAUGGUGGCCAACAACCGUGACAGGAUCAAUCUCUUCCCGUACGUGGCCCGUUGUACGCUCGACAUCAUUUGCGAAACUGCCAUGGGUCGUCACGUCGACGCUCAGCUGAACAACGACUCCGAGUACGUCAAAGCCGUUUGCACACUUGGGCGGGUUGUUCAAACAAGACAAGCACAGCCUUGGCUUCAGCCCGAAUUGCUGUUUCAGUGUCACCCGAUGGCGAAAACCCAACAGAAAUGCCUUGAUAUUCUACACGGUUUCACAGAUAAGGUUCUGCAAGAGCGAAAAGCUGAGCAUCGCAUUCGCAAGGCUCAAGAACUUGCACAAAAAGAAAACAAGACAUCUCCUACUUCCGCAGACGUUGAUGACAAUGUCGAUUUGAUAAAAAAACCCCGACUGGCCUUUCUGGAUUUGUUGAUUGAAGCUUCGCAGGACGGUACGCUUCUCAGUGAUUUGGACAUCCGCGAAGAAGUCGAUACCUUUAUGUUUGAGGGGCAAGACACUACCGCAGCAGCGGUCAGUUGGUGCUUGUAUUUGAUUGGAAGCCAUCCGGAGGUACAGGAGCGCGUCAGUGAAGAACUGAAUCGUAUUUUUGGUACCUCCGAUCGACCCAUAACUAUGACGGAUAUUCUCCAGCUGAAAUACUUGGAAUGUUGCAUCAAAGAGGCUUUGAGGCUCUUUCCUAGUGUAGCCAUGUAUGGGCGAACACUGAGCGAAGAUUCCGACAUCCAUGGCUACGUGAUUCCGGCUGGGUCUACCGUCGCCGUUAUUCCCUACUCGCUUCACAGAGAUCCGGUACAGUUUCCAGACCCGGAACGUUUCGACCCGGAGCGAUUCAUGGGCGAUAACAAACGUAGCAGACAUCCUUAUGCCUACGUGCCAUUUAGCGCUGGACCACGCAAUUGUAUCGGCCAGAAGUAUGCCGUGAUGGAGGAAAAAGUUGUUUUGGCCACAGUUCUAAGAAACUUUCAUCUCGAGUCGUUGGAGAAGCGUGAAGACCUCGUCCUCAUAGGGGAACUUGUUCUCCGGCCACGAGACGGUGUUCAAGUCCGCCUUACGCCCAAACAAAUCACGCCGUCUUCUCCAUCGUGUUGAUCAUAGCGAUUAUCAAGUAUAUAUAUACAGUACAUAGAAAUCUAACAACCCCCUUUUUCUUUUUCUUUCAUUUUCCAUUUUUCCUCCGAGUUUGUUGUGUGGCGUAACUUUUGUGUAAUACAAAGAAUAGUUCCUUUUCUUUCUUAUAAACAAAUGAUUUUUCUGGUCUUUAACGCAUUUUUUCCACUACAAGCUGAAGGCAUUGUUUUUUGAGUUACUGAGAAGCUACAAGAUAUCAGAUCUAGGUUUAUCGGUGUUUCAAAUACAAGCUUUCGAUUACCGACUCUGACCGGUUGGUUUAAGUCUAUUGAGCCCAAAGGUACUAUAAAUUUGAUCGUGCUGCUUCCAAGUGAAUAUUGGAAAUCGCCCUAAAGGUGUAGGUCCGUAUAGAAAGUGAACUCCUCUUGUAGGCUACUUGUGUAGAUUAUUUUUUUUUUUCGCUCACUUUCUUUUGGUAUGUUAUCUUCUCCGCGUUAUCAUUCUAACCCAGACCUUAAACUCCAAGCCUAGAAAAAACUUUCUUUUUCAUCGAAUUUGUUUUAUUCAUGCUGCUUUCGUUCUUUUUUUUUUCAUGAUUUCAUCGUGUAAUCGUGUCAUCGUGAAGAUUUGCAUCGGUCACGGUGACUUUUACCAGACUCACUUUUCACUAUAUACCUAAAAAGUUCCCCUUUUUUUAUAGUGCCGUGACUUUGUAAUCACUGUUUCUUUAUAAUACAUAGUGAACUAUUCAAACU